AUGGAUGACCAGGUUGAGAGGCUCGUGGACAAGGCCUGGGGCAAGUUCCUGCAGACGCCACCGGAACAUCGUCUGAUGAUCGGCAUUGGAGGCAUACCAGGCUCAGGCAAGACAACCCUCUCCCAAAUCGUCACCGAGAGAAUCAACGCCCGCCAUCAAACCCACGCAGCAGCACAAGGACAGUCCCACUCGUCCCCGAUAGCCGCCUUCGUGCCCAUGGACGGCUACCACCUCACCCUCGCCCAACUCUCCGCCAUGCCCGACCCAGUAACCGCCCAUGCCCGACGCGGCGCAGAGUUCACCUUUGACGGCGCCUCUUUCCUCAAGCUCGUGCAGUCUCUCCGCGAGCCCCUUCCUUCCACCACCACCACCAACACCACGACGCAAGUGGUAGGAGAAGCAGCCCCGUCCUUCGACCACGCCAUCAAGGACCCCAAACCAGAUGACAUCCCCAUCCUCCCAACCCACCGGGUCCUCGUCUUCGAGGGUAACUACAUAGCCCUGGACCGAGACCCCUGGCGCACCGCCGCCCAGCUCAUGGACGAGGUCUGGUUCGUCGAGGUCGACCCCGCCGUCGCUCGGAAGCGGCUCGCGGCGCGGCAUGUGCGGGCUGGCAUCGUGGCGACGGAGGAGGAAGGGGAUAGGCGAGCGGUGGAGAAUGACCUGCCGAAUGGGGAGGAGAUUAUGGGGGCGCGGGUUGCUGUGGAUGAAGUAGUGAUGUCUAGGGAGGACGGGAGUUGGGUGCAUGGGUGA